GACCUACCAACCACAGUUGGAAUCAUCACAUAUAUACUAAUAUACCGGGCCACGGAGGAUAUAUUUAUUUGGAUAACGUUUGAUGGGCACAGUUCGAUCUCAACUUCAUCAUGUGACUAUAUAAAAGUCACCGUGAAGGGUUGGAGAGUAUAUUCGAUCUCAGCCAGUCAUGUGAUCAAUCGAUUGAGUAUAAUCCCGUUCAAGAUGGCUGCGAAUGUGCAGUCGAUGUGUCAGUAUUGGCGAAACUUUGAUUUGCAAGAGUUACAGAAAGAUCUUGACACGACUGCCACAGAACUCGCCAAUCGCCAAGAUGAAAGUGACAUCUCCAGAAAACGUCUGGUGGAACAAAGUAGAGAAUUUAAGAAAAACACACCUGAGGACAUUCGCAAAAUAGUAGCUCCAGUUUUAAGAAGUUUUCAAGGCGAGAUCGACGCUCUUUCAAAACGCAGCAAGGCAGCAGAGGCAGCAUUCCUCUCCAUAUACAAGAAAUUAAUAGAUCUGCCAGACCCUGUUCCGGUGCUGGACCAUGCGCUGCAGAUCCAGAAGAAAGCCCAGCGGGCCCAGGACCUUGAGCUGGAGAACAAGCAGCUACGGGAGACACUCGACGAGUACAAUCAUGAGUUUGCUGAAGUAAAAAACCAAGAAGUGACAAUCAAGCAGCUGAAGGAACGUUUGAAGGAUCAUGAAGAGAGAUUGGAGUCCACAGCUGAAAACAGGGCCAAAGAAAAAGAACGGGAACUUCAAAGAAUUUUUGCCGAAAAGGAACGCCAACUACAAGAAACUCAGUUGUCUGUGGCCAAGAAACUCGGAGAGGCGGAGCAAAAGAUCACAAACUUACAUUCAGCUCUUGAAAGUGUGCAAACUGAACUCUUUGAGGUCAAGGCCAAAUAUGACGAGGCUACAUCUGCAAAGUCGGAUGAGAUGGACAUGGUAAUGGCAGAUCUUGAACGAGCCAAUGAGCGUGCUGCGGCAGCAGAACGAAACGUGGAGACAUUGAAGACACAUCUGGCAUCGGCCAAUCAGAACCUAGCACAGGCCGAGCACAUGCAGACUGCACCUGACAUGGAGCAGGCCAUUGACAUCCUGAAGAGAUCCAACUUGGAGGUGGAGCUUGCUGCCAAGGAGAAGGAGAUUGCCCAGCUGGUGGAGGAUGUGCAGAGGCUUCAGGCAUCGCUGACGAAGCUGCGAGAGUCGGCAGCCAGCCAGGUGUCACGGCUGGAGGAGGAACUGAACACAAAGAACAAGGCAUUCCGCCUGCUGGAGGAGAGAAUCAAGUCCCAGGACGACUAUGAAGAGAUCAAGCGGGAGCUCAACAUCAUGAAGUCGGUUGAGUUUGCCAGAGUGGAGGAAGAGGAAGGGGAGACAACUCAGUCACCCAAGUCAUUGGAGAUGCUUCUGCUGGAGAAGAACAAAACCCUACAGUCAGAAAACACCCAACUGAAGGUGGCCAGCGCAGACAUCAAAGGGCCGCCUGACACACCCACUCCUCCUUCUCCAGCUGAAGAUGUGCCCGACGGGGCCACCACCGUUCCCGAAGAUUCCGCGGAAAAAAGCGUGGCACCUCUGAGACAAACGCCGUCGUCACAAACCCCAUCAUUGGCCGACUCAGCUGCCGAGUCGCCCGUGUCAAACGGAGUCCCGGAAACUCCUCCUUCCACCACAUCUCACUCUCUUGCCAGCCCUGACGCCCACCUCUUCCACCCCCCACCCUCACCAUACUUUGCAUAUCCUAACAAUCAUAUGCCUACAGGCUUUCUACCCCCAAAUGUUAUCAAGUCCGAAGGCAACUCUCAGCAAGGGGGCUUGGACACUACUUAUGUUGCCAAAAAUGUGCGCGAGCUCCUAAGCAUACACAAUAUAGGGCAAAGACUGUUUGCCAAACAUGUGCUGGGAUUGUCCCAGGGAACUGUCAGCGAACUUUUAUCAAAGCCAAAAUCGUGGGAUAAGCUAACCGAGAAGGGUCGUGAAUCGUACCGGAAGAUGCAUGGAUGGGCGAUAGAUGAACGCAACAUUUUGGCUCUCAAGGCCAUCUCGCCCAAGAAAGGUAAGGCAUGUUCACAACCGCUGGUGUCAACCGUUCCAAAGGAGGACAAUGCGACAGAAGAUCGCAUCAACCAAAUCCUCAAUGAGGCCCAGGCUGCCAUGCACAUGAAGCAAAGCCUGGAGCAGCAACAAGUUGCAAAUGCGGUUGUGACAAGCAUCUACCAGCGUGAACUGUCAAAGAUGGUAGGGUCGGAACGACGGUACCCCAGCGCCCCACCCACUCCAGUCUCUUCCUCAAAACCCCAUAGAGACAGUGAGAGCACACGACGGAGUUUGGAUGGAGGUCGCACAUCACGGAACUCUACCAGUUCUAUUGAGAGUGAGGCAUCUGCCCAGGAAAUGGUUGCGCGGAUAUACAGACAAGAGCUGGAGAAACUGGCUCGGGCGGCGGAGAGUGCGGGAAACAUUGCUGCCAGCUCGAUGUACCAGCAGGAGUUGGCCAGGAUUGCCCACCAGGCUCAGAUAACCAACCUGCACAGCCCCAUGAGUGCUCAUGAUCAGCCGAGCUCCGCAGAUGGACAGAACGGUUUCAGUGUGAAAGCGGAACCGCCUGACAGUACUUCGGAUGACACUACAUCUCACAUCAACAACUGUGGACCAAUCGAUCUCAGCAAACCGCAUAACUCACCUCCCUCAUCUACAUCCUCCUCUUCGGAUACGCCUCACUCCGACUCACGCCAUGCAGGAAGUGCCUUCUUUCUUGUCCGCCCACGCAUCAAUGGGCAUGACAGUUACGAAAACCCCCACUUUGCCCAGUACGGACCCCAUGCUGAGAGCCUAUCUCCGCUCCAACGCAUGCAGAAUAUAGCGAACUCACUCAGCUCACGCCCAAAUCUCAAUGUGCCAACAUCGAAGCCUCUCCGAGCAGUGCUGCCACCAAUAACACAAGAACAGUUUGACAAAUAUUCUAAUGUGAACACUGAUGAUUUGGUGAAAAAAGUGAAAGAGACACUUAGUCAGUACUCCAUAAGCCAAAGAUUGUUUGGUGAGAAUGUGCUGGGACUCUCACAAGGCAGUGUUAGUGACUUGCUUGCCCGACCCAAACCAUGGCACAUGUUGACACAGAAGGGGAGAGAACCUUUCAUCCGCAUGCAGAUCUUCCUGGAGGAUGCCGAGGCCAUCCCCAAACUGGUGGCGUCACAGUACCGCAUCCCCCCAGACAAGUUGAUGCGGAGCCAGGGUCAGAAUGUGCAGGAGUCAGGGGUGCCGAUGCCCAUGCCCGUCUCCAUGGCAGAGCCUCCACCUCCUCUGCCCACCACCUGUCCUCCUACUGAGAAGACUUCCUCUCGUCCCCCCAACCACCGUAGCUCUGCACCACCUAGCCAUGCGCCCUCUCUCGCCACGGCAGCUGCUGUUGCCGCGGCAGCAGCGGCAGGUGACGUCGUCUUCUCUCCUCACGAUCCACCUCCACGUAACUGGGGCAGUUUGGCGUUCCCCUCCUCCACUCUGGAGGUGAUAGCCAUGACGUCUGAGAUCGAUACUCUGGGGCUCACCAGUCGAGUUAAAGAUGUACUGCAGUUCCACAACUUAGGACAAAAGCUUUUCGGCGAGGCUGUACUAGGCCUGUCUCAGGGCUCAGUUAGUGAGCUACUGUCAAAACCUAAACCAUGGCACAUGCUCAGUAUCAAGGGGAGAGAACCCUUUAUCAAAAUGCAUCUAUGGCUACGGGACCCGCAGAGUGUAGAGCGACUAAAACAUUACCAAAGUCAGAUGAAAGCUCACCGACGGAGGAAGAGUAGCUUGGAUGAACGGUGCUUUGACUCACCCACUCAGCCAAAACGACCUCGGGUCUUUUUCACAGAAGAACAGAAAGAUUCACUUCGCCAGGCCUAUGCACAGGACCCCUACCCAAACCAGAGCACCAUUGAAGCAUUAGCUAAUGAUCUAGGUGUUGGUGUGAAGACAGUUAUAAACUGGUUCCACAAUCACCGGAUGCGGGCCAAACAGCAGCACCAUGCAAGCGGCGGAGGAGGCACCCCAACCCAGAGCGACACCAACAGCAUCAAGGCAGAGCCUCAGGAUGAAAGCUCCAAUCAAAGUGACAUGUCUAGUGCUUCAGGUGACACAAACCAGUACCAAAGUUAUCAAAACAACGAAACGAGUCAGUGGAUGUUUCCACGCUUUGAACCGGUGGCUACUCCGGGAGGUCAGAGGUCACCAGAGAGCAGGAACAACUCAGUGAACAAUGAACAAGAAAUGGCAGAUGAUAAGAACGAUUCCGAGGAGUCGCGGGUUGACAGUGUAAGUGAAAGUCAAGUGUUCCCCGAUUCGGAUGACAAGAACCUCCCUCCUCCACCAACACCAGCCUCGGGUGUUAAUAAACGGAAACGGUCAAACCCACAGAGAGUGUACGAAGGAACGCAGUUGGAACGAAUUAAAGCAGCAACCAUAAAGAAAGCAGCCAACAUGGAAAAGUUUGAUGGGGAUGAUGAGGCAGAGGAGAAGGAGAACAAGGAGGUCGAGGAGAACAGCAAUGACAGUAAUAGUAACAGUGUGACGGACCUGACCCUGAAGCGGGGCGAGCAUGUCGACAAAAUAGAGAAGUUGCAACGUGCUAUUGAGACAGUCGAGGAGAACUGGGAAGAAAUAGACCGUGAUGCAAGUAUCGAAAAACUACAGAAAAACAUCGAAUCUAGUGAGGAUGAACAUUGGGAGUUCUGAUAAUGAUGCAUUGUGUUUUGCAUCUAGGCCUGUGUGUGAGGGGUACUAUGGCUGAAGGGAGGUGUGCCCUAGCCGGUGUGCUGUAUGCUCACAUAAAACCAGACACACCCACACACAUGCCCUUUCGUUCGCUAAUUAUGACAUCUUCUGUAAUCAUGGCAUGGCUACCAUUCUAGACUGCCAAGGGUAAAACGACAACAAUCUAUUUUUGUACUCAUCGUAAAACUCAAAUAUAUUAUCUUUUCUACUUUCUGAUGUAAAUGUUGAUGUUGUGCAACACGUGUACAGUCUAUAUCCAUUUAUACUAAUUAUUUGUGCCAAGUCGGUGGGUUGUUGACAUCAUGACAUGAUGUUGUACCUCAUGGUGUUGACUCUGCCUGUUGCCCGGCCUGGUCAGAGUGUGGUCAGUGGGGCGACCUCGAUAGCAGGUACAGGAGGUUCUAACUCUCAUAUCAACACCUGUACGUAUAUCCUAUCAGCUUUCUUGUAUAUUCAUCAGCAGCCACUGACCACUGUUUGAACAGGAGGAAGGCAAAGUCAAUCAUUGUUAAAGCGUCUGUAGACUGGGAAGCAGGCUUAUACAGGCUGGGAGGGGGAGGGGGUCACAUGGACGACCUGUGAAGCCCCCCACCCCUGCUGGUCCUGACUCUCCCUGCUGGGGACUACCUCACUACCUCGUGUGUCAGGGCCCUGCUCACUCACUCACUCACUCACUACCCAUGUUAACUCACUCAUCCCACAGGGCCUUAAAUAAGAAAAUAGAGUAAAACAUUAUGUAAAAGUGUUUUCCAGUGCUUAGUACUGAGAAUUUUUUCCGACAUGUUUUGUUUAUGCUGCUCAGCAGGUUUGAGCAUGUUUCUUUUGAUCGGUGAAAACAUUAAGAAUUUAAAUUAAUUUCUAUACAGUAAUAAGUAUUCAAGGGUUUUUUGGUUUGCUUUUUUAUGUUUGCAGUGACUUUGAUCAAUUGAUAUGAAAUUUAUUUUUUUCGCAUCCAUCAAAAUAUGCAUAGAAAAAUACUGUUUCCAUCUUGAAGAUCUCUAUUUUGUUAGUGCCUUUUGGCACUGGUCUCCCCAAGUGAAAAUUUACAAAAUUAAGAAAAUUAUCAUGGUUGAGUUUAGGCCUGGCCCAAAGUAUGUGAGUAGUGUGGUGGUGGUGGGCGUGUCACUCAGUGUUGCCCUGAACUGAGCAGGCUGUGGGGUAGGUGUGAAACUGGCAGGGAUGAAAUUGACUUGCAAUGUAAUGGGAAGUUCCGUCACUACCUGCAGAGCUUUCUGAUGUUAAACAAUUGCCAAAAAUAACCAUCUGAUCAUUAAUGUCAUUAUCGAUUGAAUAUUUUCAUCUGUUUAACACAGUUUUAUAUUCAGAUUUGUUUUGUCUGUAAUGGAUUACCUGAACUGGGUCAAAUUGUGUCCAUUACAUGCAAGUCAACACCCAUUGGGCACGCAGUGCCACUCUUGUCACCAGCUUCAGUUGUCUCCCUUUGUUCAUACAGGACUGUCAAUCAUGUACUAAUAUUGUGGUGCUAAGCUUCAGUCUGAACAGAUUGAGGUCCAUGGAAAUGUGGAGAUAUUUUAGUCUUGUGUUUCCCAUGUUAAAUCAUGUCAAAAUAACCCUGAUCGUCGUGCUUGCUAGUUGCACCGCUCGGAGCCAAAUACAUCAAUGCUUCUGUAUCAGGGGCAGCUCAUGUUAAUGAUACUUUGUAGUGCUCUCUUACUGCUUUCAUUCUCAUUACAAGGGAGAUAACUCCUUUGCCAAGGGAGACCACCCUUUUACCAAGGGUGACAACUCCUUUUUUCUUCUUCAUGGUUUAAAAGUGUGACAGUUCACCUCUCAGGUGUAUUGACAACAAAGGGGGACAACUCCUUUCUUUCUUCAUGGUUUAAAAGUGUGACAGUUCACCUCUCAGGUGUAUUGACAACAAAGGGGGACAAUCUGGCUGGAAUUUGUGUUGUGUCUUCACUUCAAGUGAUUCCUCUUUCUUUGCAGUUUGGAUAUUGUGGGAAUGAACUUUGCUCACUGACUUCAGAUCACUGUACCUAUCUAUGCACUAUGUCCUACUACAACAGCUAUUUCCGCAAUCUUCCACUUCAAUAUAUGCACACCAAAGAUCUAGUCUUGUUGAGGAGUUGUACCCUUACACUUACUUUUACAUUGUAUAUUGUUGUAUGUGUCGACCGCUAUGUUAUAUUUGCUUGUUUGUACAUUACUUGUAAUACUGCCAAAGUAGAUAGUCUCCUUGUAGUAACACCUAGGAAUGUAGUUAUAUACACAUGGCUCAAUCAGCAGACUCAAGUCAGUUUUCAUCCUAAUGGCUUUUACUUCUGAUAUUUUGAUUUUGACUGUGAGUAGUGUUUGUGUUACCAUGGUUACGUGCAAGUUAUGUGUGCAAUAUCACAGCCAGUGUCUACAAAGUCCACCUAUGCAGGGAGAAACUGAUAAAUUGUACAAGUGAUUUAUUCAAUGAGAUAUUAAAUCAAAAUAAUUGCCUUUUUGUGAGCCAAACGUAGUGAUUUAUAUUCUCCAAAGGAGAAAUAUUUGUGCAAUAUUUAGAUUGAAACUGAUGCCUAGAUGGCCUUCUUAUACGUCUGACUGUAUUUGUUGUAUGUUAAAGACGUCUCGAGAAGACGGAUGUUUCAGCUGUACGUAGUGUUAAGCAAGGAGCCUAUGUCAUGAGACUGGCACGGUCAGGCUGUCAGUAGGAAAGUAAAUGUUAAAUCAUGAAGUGUUUAAGAAAGGACUUCUUGUUACAUAGUAGAAGAAAGUUAAGAAUGUUCUGGUGCGAUGUCACGCAGGGUAACAUAGAGCUACCAAGCUGCCGUAGAAGAAUCUCGCAAUGCCCUAAAUGAUCUCAAUGCUGAGUUUUGCAAUUCUUUAUCAUAAACGCUCAUGUAUUCUAGUUCAUCUUCUGGACCAUAUUUGCAAUUUGUUCAUCUAUUGGUCCCUAUUUUGGGUUAUAAUUCGUUCGAAAGUAGAUGUAGUGAAACAUUCAUUGAAUAUUUGUGUGCACUUAUUGAAAACAUGUCAGAAGGUAAUCUUAUGGACAAAAGUAAGAUCAGUGAAGAAACUGUAACCAUAGAUACGUGUGAAUCUGUGAUUUCUGAUAAUUACUAAGGCGGCGCCAGCAUGUUCUGUGGUAGCGGUCCAGAUGGGCGGACCACGGAACAGGCGGAGCAGCUUCUUCAACUGUUGUGUGGUGUUGGUGGUUGUGUGUGACACAGCUGUAACCUCGGGAUGGUUGUGGUUCUACCGUGCCUAUGCUGGGCUGGCCUCCCGCUUCUUGCUGUCUGGUACAGGCAUAUCUGUAGUAGUAGGUGUUCUCCAUACCAGUGACCAGUGUUGUCAAGUCGGACAUGACUAGCCCCAGGUGUCAUACCAGCCUCGUGUUGGUAUACAUACUAGCCUCUAUAUAGACAUAUAUGACUAGCCCCAGGUGUCAUACCAGCCUCGUGUCGGUAUACAUACUAGCCUCUGUGUAGACGUAUAUGACUAGCCCCAGGUGUCAUACCAGCCUUGUGUCGGUAUACAUACAAGCCUCUGUGUAGACAUAUAUGACUAGCCCCAGGUCUCAUACCAGCCUCGUGUAGGUAUUACUAGGCUAUUUGUAAACGUAUAUGACUUAUCUCAGGUGUACAUGAAUAGCCUUGUGUAGGUAUCCAUACUAGCCUACUUGAAGACGUAUAUGACUUUACUCAGGUGUCCAUACUAGCCUUGUGUAGGUACACAUACUAGUGUAUAUGUAGACGUAUAUGACUAGUCACAGGUAUACAUGACUAGUCUUGUCUAGGUGUAGAUGACUAGCCUAUAAGCAGCUGUGAAAGACUAGCUUGCUCUUGGUGUAAGUGUCCGUGACUAGCUUCAGGUGUACAUGACUAGCCUCCAUGGAGGUGUCAGUAUUUGGUUCUCUGUAGGUGUACAUGACUAGUCUCUUUAGGUGUAAAUUACAAGUCUUAUCAAGGUGUACAUGACUAACUUUAACUAGCACAUACACAUCCUUCAUUCAGGCCUACAUGACUAGCCUACAUGACUUGUUGUACGUAAAUAUCCUUUAUUUAGAUGUACAUGACUAGUCUGACUAGUUGUACGUAAAUAUCCUUCCUUCAGGUGUACAUGACUAGCCUUGACUAGUUGUACAUGAAUAUCCUUCAUUUAGGUUACAUGACUAGCCUUGACUAGUACGUAAAUAUCCUUUAUUUAGAUGUACAUGACUAGUCUUGACUAGUUGUACGUAAAUAUCCUUCAUUUAGAUGUACAUGACUAGCCUUGACUAGUUGUACAUGAAUAUCCUUCAUUAAGGUUACAAGACUAGCCUUGACUAGUACGUAAAUAUCCAUCUCUUAGGUGUACAUGACUAGCCUAGACAUAGGGACUGGCAUAGGGGUAGCCAGGACGAUCGUCUCACCAGGUUUCAGAGUUGGGGAAAGUGUUGCAGGACUAUUGUAGAAUGAGAAAACCUGAAAGCCAGCACAGAUACAAGAAGUGGUGGGCCUAGCCUUUAAAUUGCUCUGUAGCCUCCAGUAGAAUAUUUUCUAAUAUCACUUGUUAGUCUUGUCCAAUUCAACUUACAUCUAUCCUGUCAUUUUCACUGUUUCAGCUGUUUCAUAAUUGACAUUGUUGCAUUUUGAUCUUCUCAGUAUGCCAUUUGAUUGAGAUAGUGCUAUCUACCCGUAAUGUUUACAAUUACCAAAGCUUUAAUUUACAUAUUGUUAAUUUAGCAUUUUGCAUUUGCUAGUGUUUGGACGUCCUUGUGAGCCUACAGCCUAUAUGUUGAUAGCAAGGUGUGGGGAGUGGUGGAAGAAUGGCCGAAUGAUUGACCCGACUACACUAUGGGCUGAAGGCUCAUUGGGAAAGGACCAGUGUUUUGAUACAAAAUAUUAACAGAAACAUCUGUAAAAUGUACUGAAAAUUUUUCAUGUGUACAUCACAAUUAGCCUGACAAUAGUCACAGUUAUCUCCCUUACUUACAGGAAGAGUUUUAGUUUAGGCAUUUAUAUGACUGGAUCAUGCAGCUGUAGACAGCUGCUAUGGAAGCAGUUGUUUUGUUGACACUAACUUGUUGCCAAAUGUUUUGUUUGUAUGACUGAUCAUGUUUCGUUUUAAAUACUGAAAUGUUUACGCUGGAACAAUUUAAGGGACAUAUGGUUUCUGUUCAGGGUUUUAGGAUUUAUUUGUGUUUUGUUUAAGACAGGGCCCCUUCCACUUUCACUGACCAAGUGACCUAGUAGGUCAUGCUUCCUUCUCAUUGACCGCUACCAAGAAUAUUUUUACCAAACUAUCAACACUGAGACAUAUUAAAAAAGGUUGAUUUAAUGGUCCAUCUUUUGUAUAGGUUGUAAGCGAUCAGUAAUGAAGUUUUUUAUUUUUUUCCCUUUUCAGUACGGAAGGUAGAAAUGACUAUUUCCUACUCAUUUUAAACAGUAACGCUCAGAAGAAUGUAGUCCAGUUUGAAUCACUUGUGCCUGCAUGUUGGCUGCAGAAUGGGAGUUAACCCUGUGGACUGGUCAUUUAAUACUGGACAGGAUUGGGGAGGGUCAAUUAUCAGUACAGGUUCAGGGUAGUGCUGUCCAAGAAAUAAAAGAUAGCGACAAAAUUUAUUUCAAAAUGUCACUCAUUAUGUUUUGUCAUGAACUGAUUUGGGGUCAUGUAAAAAUUGUAAGAAAAAGGCCAAGGGGUUUUUAAGGUAUGGGGAGGAGAUUCUUUUUCCUGCUGUGUAAGAUCUCGUGCCCCUCCUCCCUGUAAUAAAUGACCAAUCCAUAGAGGGAAUCUCAUGCCUGCAUCAGCAGCUUGCUCCUGCAGUGGGCAGAGAGUCGGUGUGUGGCUAGGGUAAUGCAAUCAUUUCAUAAGACGGGGGAACUGUCCUGACUCCAUCACAGCCCAGUGGACGUGACCACAUGACAAGUAGAAAUAUGUUCACUUAGUCAUUAGCUAGGAUUUAGUUACAAAACCUAAACAUAUCUAAAUGUUCGGCACUUUGAUUGUAUAUUUUUAUACCUGGAUAAUUAAUUGAUUGAUUGAUAUUACUGCCUGGCACAUUGAGUUGAGGAAUGUUGCAAUAAAUGAUGGCUUGAAGCUAGGCCAGUGGUGUUGCAAUCGGUAAUGCAUUCACGUUUAUGUUGCUUUAACUCAUUAACUAGCCUGUGUAUCAUUCAUUGUGCAAUAACCACUGUAUAUACACCUCAUAUUUACACAGGAAUUCAGGCUUAAUUCCACCACCUGCAGCUAAGUGCGCCAUAUCGACUUGCAGCCAGUAUGGGCUGUCGGUACAAACUGGAUCAUUGUACAGUGCUGUCAGUACAAGCUGGAUCAUUGUACAGUGAUUUCAGUACAUGCUGGAUCAUUGUACAGUGCUGUCAGUACAAGCUGGAUCAUGGUACAGUGCUGUCAGUACAAGCUGGAUCAUUGUACAGUGCUGUCAGUACAAGCUGGAUCAUUGUACAGUGCUAUCAGUACAAGCUGGAUCAUUGUACAGUGCUGUCAGUACAUGCUGGAUCAUUGUACAGUGCUAUCAGUACAAGCUGGAUCAUUGUACAGUGCUGUCAGUACAUGCUGGAUCAUUGUACAGUGCUGUCAGUACAAGCUGGAUCAUUGUACAGUGCUGUCAGUACAUGCUGGAUCAUUGUACAGUGCUGUCAGUACAAGCUGGAUCAUUGUACGGUGCUGUCAGUACAUGCUGGAUCAUUGUACAGUGUUGUCAGUACAAGCUGGAUCAUUGUACAGUGCUGAGUAGGAACAAGUUACAUUUCAGUCUGGUGCUAUUGGAAGGACAACAUGUUGUGAUGAGAUGGAGGUGGGGUGGGGAUAUAAUUAUUAGCAGGGCUGAUCUCUUCUUGGGUUAUGUGCAGAGGCACGGUUGUUCUCAUGGACUUGGUUGGGUGGGGAGGCAGGCAUUUGCAAGGGUGGGUUGCACCGGUAGCUGUCAGGGGUACAGCUUCAUUCUAGUGGGCAGGGUGCAGCUUCAUUCUUGUGGCCAUGGUGCUGUGGUAACUUUCUUCUAGUGGGCACGGUGAUGUGGUUAAUGCAGGGUGCAGAAUUAGCUUUCUUCUGGCAGCCAGAAACAGGUCUCUUUUGGCAUUCAUAUUAUUCUUAUUUUGAAAUAGGCAGUGAGGGAUCUUUUGAUGGGCAUUUGACUAUUGUUUCUCUGACAAGCUCAUUAAAAUCUGAUCUUUUACCCCUGUGCGAUACCUCUCUUCAUGAAGACCAUAGUAGGUUACGUCAGCCAAUCAGCAUCAAGGCUUCUUAAUUUUCUGUACAUGUGAGCAAUGCAAUCUGUAUAACGAUAA